GCCAGCACGUUGAGUGGCGGGGGCCGGCUGAAGAACUGCCCGAGCGAGGAGCGGCUCCCGGGGCCGGGCGGCACGGUUGGGGCGCCCGCUUUAGGGCUCCCGAGAGGCUGCUGGGCGGGGAUAGCGGCCCGCGGCCACGGGGGGAAGGGGGUCGGUGGGCUGAGAGCAGCUUGGCGGCGAGGCCGGCCCGCCGCCCCUUCCCCCCACCCCCGUCGACCUUGUCGGCCGAAGCUUCCCGGAGCUCCUCACGCCGGCGCGAUGGCGACUGCUGCGGAGGUGGAGGUCUCUCCGCCGACGGACGCGAACUGGGAAAGUGGCGGCGGCGGCGGAGACGACGAGAUGAAGCAGACGCUUCCGGAGCUUGAGUCCUCCCCACAAAAUGGCGGCGGCCUCAGCAUCGCGGAGCCCGGCGGCGGCGCCGGGCCUGAGGAGACCGCAGCUUCCGAGGCCGCCCCGAGCCUCUGCCACGAGCAGCCUCAGGACUCCUCUGAUGCGGGCGCGGCUGCACUGCCCAAAGGCCCUGAAGAGCCCGAAAGACCCAUUAGGAGGAGUUUUCAGAUCCCCAGGAAGAGCAGAGAAAAGAAAGCACUUUUUCAGCCAUUAACUCCAGGCUCUCGGGAAUUUGAAGAUGUUUUAAAUAUUCUCCACUCAUCUUACCUUGAACCAACUUCAGUAGCAAAUUUUAACUACAGGCGUGCUUGCUUGAUACAUAACGAGCUUUUGGAAAAGGAGUUUACAGAAAAGCGAAGAGAACUGAAGUUUGAUGGUCGUUUAGAUAAAGAGCUUUCAGAAUCCUAUGCAUUUCUGAUGGUUGAUCGGUAUAAGGUUCAGAGCAUAUGUGAAAAAGGACUACAGGUGGGCCAGUCCAAAAUAACAAUUCUUGGCAAUCCUUCCAUGGGUGUCUAUCUUUCUAGGUAUGCUGAUUUACUACAAGCUAAUCCUUUGGAAGCUGGGGCAGUGGGUGAUGUGGUUAUUUUUAAAAUAAUGAAGGGUAAAAUAAAGAGUGUGUAUGACCCCAUGGGUGUAAAAAGUUCAGAAUCUGUAUUAAGUAAAAGUGCUUCGGACCCAACACCAAAGCAUGAAUGUCAUGUGUCGAAGAAUGUUAAUAGAAUUACAUCACUUCUGGCUUAUAGAGCCUAUGAGCUUACUCAGUAUUAUUUUUAUGAGUAUGUCUUUGAUGAGCCAAGGCGAAGACCAAGACACGUGUGUCCAUACGCAGUUGUGUCUUUUGCUUAUAAAGACGAUAUACAAACUCAGAAGUUCAUACCUUCAUCAAGAUCUAACAGCUUUAAUGCAGAUAGAAACACAGAUAAAUUUAACUACACGUUGUGGAAAGGACAGCUUUUAAAUAAAGGAAAGCUUUUGUGUUAUAUUUCUCUGAGGUCAGCCACUCGUGCUUUUUUGCCUAUCAAGCUUCCUGAGAAGUUAGAUGUUGAAACAGUUAUGAGUAUGGAUCAACUGAAACAGAAAAUCCCUCCAGCGCUAUUUUAUAAGGAAACUUACUUUGGUCCAAAUGAAGUUUUGAAGAAUGGAAUGUAUUGCAGCCUUUAUGAAGUUGUAGAAAAGACAAGGAUUGGAAGUAACAUGGAGAGUUUGCUGCAGAAACUAGAGAAGGAGAAACUUGUUCUUGUUAAACCUUUGGGAGACCGAGGAUACCUUUUUCUUCUCUCUCCUUAUCAAAUGGUUCCUCCAUAUGAACAUCAAACUGCUAAGCCUCGAGUCUUACAUGCUUUGUUUCUAUUUCAAGAACCUAGAGGAAUAGUUCCUUCACAAAAAGGCUCAACCAGUGCAGCACCUCAGGAGAAACAUGAGAGCAUGUCAGAUGUGUUAAAAAUAACUCAGUUUUUACAAUUUGCUUUGAUUCAGUGUCGAAAGGAAUUCAAAAAUAUAAAUACUAUAAAUUUUCAUUCUGUUGUUGAGAAGUAUGUAAGUGAAUUUUUUAAGAGAGGUUUUGGUUCAGGUAAACGAGAGUUUAUCAUGUUUCCAUAUGAUUCACGAUUAGAUGAUAAAAAAUUCUUAUAUUCAGCUCCAAAAAAUAAAUCCCAUAUUGAUAAUUGUUUGCAUACCUAUAUUUUUCGACCUGAAAUGUAUCAGUUACCUAUUUAUAAAUUAAAAGAGCUAUUUGAAGAAAAUAGAAAACUUCAACAGUUUAGUCCACUUUCAGAUUAUGAAGGCCAAGAAGAAGAAAUGAAUGGUACAAAAAUGAAAUUUGGAAAACGAAAUAACUCAAGGGGUGAAACUGUUUUAUCUGGAAAGCAGAAGUCAUCUCACUCUUUGGAUUAUGAUAAGGACAGAGUCAAAGAAUUGAUUAAUUUAAUUCAGUGUAAGAAAAAAAAUGUGGGUGGGGAUUCAGACACAGAAGAUACGAGAAGCAAAACUGUCUUGAAGAGGAAGCUUGAGGAUCUACCUGAAAAUACGAGAAAGCUCGCCAAAACCAGUAAUUUAUCUGAAAAUUGCCAACUGUAUGAAGAGUCCUCACAGCCUGUUGGCUCACUUGGGCAUGAAGCUGACUUGAGACGGCAGCAGCAGGAUACCUCUAACUCGGGCGUUGCUGACAUCCAUAGGCUGUUUAAUUGGCUGUCAGAAACACUAGCAAAUGCACGUCAUUCUGAUGCCUCCCUGACAGAUACAGUCAACAAGGCCCUAGGACUGAGCUCUGAUGACGCCUAUGAAGAGAUGAGGCGAAAGCAUGCGUAUGAGUUGAGCUCUACCCUGGAGAAGAAAGAAUGUGAGCAGUCUACUGGUGCAAAAGUCGAAAAUGCACGUUUUAAGGAUACUCAGAGCCCAUUGCUAGACACUGAUCCAUCAUCUUUAAAGUAUCCUGUUGGUGUUUCUGCGAGUGAAGUAGGCACUGACCAUAAAUUCCACUUGAAAGAAGAUCCAAAUUUAAUUAGUAUGAAUAAUUUUGAAGAUUGCAGUUUGUGUCCUACUAUUCACAUUGAACAUGGAUUCCAUAGACAAUCUAAGUCAAAUAAUGUUGAAGAGACUGAAAUACAUUGGAAACUGAUUCCAAUUACAGGAGGGAAUGCCAGAAGCCCAGAAGACCAGCUGGGAAAACAUGGUGAGAAACAAACAGCAGGUAUGAAAUCACCAGAAGAACAGCUGGUGUGUCUGCCACCACAGGAGGCCUUCCCUAACGACCCCCGGGUAAUAAGUAGACCGAGGAGUUCUGAUCACCAGUUUCCAUCCUCUCCAUUUACAGACACAGUGCAGGGCCCCACUGAGGAGGACGCGGUGACAGGUCAGGUGGUGACGGAGGAGCAGUGCGUGCCGGCGCCAGAGCCGCCUGCAGUGAGCGAGGCCACAGAGAGGACAGUGCUAGGGGAGUAUAACCUCUUUUCCAGGAAGAUAGAAGAGAUUCUGAAGCAAAAGAAUGUUUCAUAUGUCAGCAGAAUUUCCACACCUAUCUUUUCAACGCAAGAGAAGAUGAAACGGCUUUCUGAGUUCAUAUAUUCUAAGACUUCCAAAGCUGGUGUACAGGAGUUUGUAGAUGGCUUGCAUGAGAAACUAAAUACUAUUAUUAUCAAAGCAUCAGCCAGGAGUGGGAAUUUGCCACCAGUCAGUGUUGAUGAUUCUUGUCCUAAGAUAGCACUGAGUCCUCUGGGAAGGCAUGUCGUGCCAGCUUCCUCAAGCGACUUCAGCAGUAAACACAGUCUUGAACUACUUGGUAGUGAUGCUUUGAAAGACACCAGCUCUCAUGAGCAGCAUUCCUCCUCAGCUCUGGGUUUAACUGAAGUAGAGGUGAACCAGCCGCAUCAAGCCGCGGAGCCGGUGGCGACUUCCGAUCAUACUGUACCUGGUGAUGCUGCCCGGGAACCAGGAGAAAAAGAAACCGCAAAGUCGCCCAGUGAUGUAAACAUUUCUGCCCAGCCAGCUCUUUCAAAUUUUAUAAGCCAGUUAGAGCCUGAAGUUUUUAACAGUUUGGUUAAAAUCAUGAAAGAUGUCCAGAAAAAUACUGUGAAAUUUUAUAUUCAUGAAGAAGAAGAGAGUGUGCUCUGUAAAGAAAUAAAGGAGUAUCUUAUCAAAUUAGGCAAUACAGAGUGUCACCCAGAACAGUUUUUGGAACGAAGAUCAAAAUUAGAUAAACUAUUGAUUAUUAUUCAAAAUGAAGACAUUGCAGGUUUCAUUCACAAGGUACCUUGUUUGGUGAUGUUAAAGAAGCUCCCUUGUGUUAGUUUUGCUGGUGUUGAUAGUCUGGAUGAUGUUAAAAAUCAUACGUACAAUGAAUUAUUUGUAUCUGGAGGUUUUAUUGUUUCUGAUGAAUCCAUUCUAAAUCCAGAAGUAAUCACAAUUGAGAACCUUAAAAAUUUUUUGACAUUCCUCGAAGAACUUAGUACUCCAGAAGGAAAAUGGCAAUGGAAAGUCCACUGUAAAUUUCAGAAAAAACUAAAGGAACUGGGCAGAUUGAAUGCUAAAGCUCUAAGUCUGUUGACGCUACUGAAUGUCUAUCAGAAGAAACAUCUGGUUGAAAUUUUGUCAUACCACAAUUGUGAUUCACAAACUCGAAAUGCUCCAGAAUUGGAUUGCCUUAUCAGACUUCAGGCUCAGAACGUACAGCACCGGCACAUAGUCUUUUUAACAGAAAAGAGUAUCAAGAUGAUUUCUAGUUAUACUGAUAAUGGAAUAGUGGUUGCAACUGCUGAAGACUUCAUGCAAAACUUUAAAAACCUUGUGGGCUAUCACAACUCAAUCACAGAAGAAGACCUUCCAUUGCUUGGUGCUAAUGAGAAUCUUGAGUCACAGUCAGAUGCUGUUUUGACAUUAACCCCUUUGGAGCUGGGAGUUGGGAUUUCCCAACAUUAAACGUGAACACAUUUCGCAGAAGCUUUUAGCAUCGGAUUAUCUGGACAUUCACACCUAGUGUGAGUGUUGUGACUAAGUGAACUUGUGGCAGAAGACCAAGCUUUAAGGGAUUGUGGACUUGCAGACCCUGACGCAUUAUAUUGUGUGAGUAAUGUAUAAUUUUAAAACUUAAACAAAUUGUGUAUUUCAAUAGAGGAGGACUUUUUGUUUUUUAAAUGUAGCUCUUUUAGAAAACGAUGAAAAGGAUGAAGAGGAUAUGUCUCUGGAUUCAGGGGAUGAAAUCUCACAAAUAGAAGUAUGCAGCAAUUUUCAUUCAGAAAUAUUGGAGAAAGAGACCAAAGGAUCACGUGGAACAGAUCAAAAAAAGAAUAUUCAAAUUGAGUUGCAAUCGUCUCUUGACUUGCAAAAAAGUUUAUUCGAAGAUGAGACUUAUCAAAUUGAUUCUGCAGAGAGAGCUUCUAUUGAUAGAGUAUGCUCUGAAGGAGAGAACAGUAAUUCAGCUGAACAAGAUUCAUAUAGCAACUUUCAGGUUUAUCACAGUCAAUUAAAUAUGUCCCAUCAGUUUAGUCAUUUUAAUGUUCUCACUCAUCAGACAUUUUUGGGCACACCAUAUGCCCUUUCAUCAAGUCAGACUCAAGAAAGUGAAAAUGACUUUUUAUCUGCUUAUACUCAAAGCUUGGGUAGAGAGAAAUCUCCAUCUCCAUUAAGUUGGUGGAAAAGUGAUUCUUGCAGGCCGUUUUCAAAACAGAAAUAAUUAUAGUACUUUUUUUAAUAGGUUGUUAUGGACUUUUUCUGUUUCUUAAAAGUGAAUUAACAAUUUAUAUUUCUUUCUCUAAACAAAAGGUUUCUUUUCUUUCUCAUGUUUUUUUUUCCCCCCUUAUUUAAAUCAUGAUGGCCUGUAACAGUUGAAGCCUCGGAAAAUUGAAAUAAAUAUAUAUAUUUUUAACAUAUAUUGUACUUGAAUUAUCUCAUGUUGGCACUUCUAAGUUUUACACUUUAUAUGUCAUCCGUACUUUGGCUUCAAAUUGAAGCUUGUUUUAUAUAUAAAACUAGGAUAUUUGCAAAAGGAUAGUGCACAGUAGUGGCUUUACUUUUCUUUCUCUAAUGUCAGGUUAUCCCAAAUACUUUUGCUGAAAUGAUGUAUCAACUAUUGUAUUUAUUUAAGCUUUUGUACAGUGUUUUUACACAGGUAUAAGCCAGUGAUGUUAAUAAAUAUUUACAGGAUUUUGGCUCAAUACCUCAGGAUUUAUUGAACAAAGCAGUUUCAUUUAGGUUCUAAAACUAUGUACUUAGGACUUAAUACCAGGCAGCAUUAAUUUUUAUCUUUAGACUUAACCAUGUAAUUUUGCCUGUUACUAAAAUUUUGAUCAAGCUUUUAUUUUUUUUCAGUGCUUAUGUGGUCCUUAGACUUAACCAAAUUCAGUUUCAUAUUUCAAAAGAUAGGCUUCUGUUUAUUACAGGCAGUUUAUUAACAGUUUGAAACCAACUUUGCUACAGGUUUUUAAAUUGUUAGAAAAAAAAUGUAUGUAUAUUUUUCAGGUGGUAAGUAAGCACUUAAGUGCUGCACCAAAGUACAUGGUGGAGAUAAAAAUUUUCAAUCCACAUGUAUUGGUUAAAAAAAUGCUUCUUCAUUACUAAUACAAACUUGUAACUGUUUUUGAAAACUGUAGUUUCUACAAUAAAAGUCAUCAAAGGACUUAAAAAACCUUCCUCAUAAGCCUAAGCUGAAUCUGGGCUAUUUUAGUAAUGUUGGGACAUCAGACCUUCCUUUGGCCACUAAAAGAACUUUAGGUCCUAUUCUUCAAACUCUUUUUAUAGAGUAUAAUAGAUAAGUGGUGUUUCAAUUAGUAAGCCUACAUGUAAAGUGUGGAAGAACAUUAUCUGUAAACUCCAGGCUGUGUUAAGGUAAGUAGAUAAAUACCCACAUUGUGACAGAGCAGGUAACUUUUUUUUAACUAAGCUUUUAUGAAACUGUUUUAUUGUUUUAAAUACAUAAAAUAUAUACACAGCAUUUUUCUACAUAAUGUACAAGUUUUAAAUAAGCAUUUAAAAAAUAAAUCUAGGCUACUUGUAAAAACACAGUUAAGCAACAAUCACAUUUUAUAAUUUGGAACAUGAAGGAUUUAAUUUUCUACAUUUAAAACGAAGAACUAAAAUUCUCUUCUUGAUUUGCAGCUAAAGGCAUGAGAUUAGUUUCCAACUCCCUUUGCUUCUGGAGAAGGCCCUGAAAUCACAUUGAUUUGUUAGUAAAGUGUGCAAAUUAACCCUAUUCUAUAUUUACUUUGAAAACGUUUUCAAUUUUUACACCAGACUUUCUCACUUGGAUACUGUACUUACUAUAUAUAGCUAUUAUAGAUUUGUAAGACUGUCUUCAUAUUUUUAGCAUAAAACCAAUAGAGAUGGCCUUCCUUAAAGAGAUGCCACCCCUUACCUUUUCCUCAAAUGUCUUAAAAAGACCAUGAGUCUCCCUUCACAUCCAGUGUAUAUGUUGACUGCAUUAACCUUAGUGGCUGGCACAGGGCCCUGCUGAAAUGAGACAUGGUCACUAUAUAGAUGAACGUAUAUGUAUAUUACAUUCUUUCUCUUAACCUCACAACUUUUUGUCUCCUCUAAGCUAGAGUAUGCUUGUCAUUUUCAAAGGUAAUGUAAGUAAAAUCUGUGUGAAUUACCGAGCUUGAGUUACAAAACUCAAUCGAGGUGUAACUAAUACUAACGUGUAAAAAGGCUAAAGGAUUCUUGAUAAUCCUAUAUUAAUGGGGGUGAUUUUCUAGCUUUAUAGGAAAAAAAAAUUGUUAACACUUGAAUCAACAACUUAAAAUACAGGAGGCAUUUGUAAAUGACUGGACAUGGAAAAGGUACUCCUAAAACUACAGUUUAUUUGGGAAAAAACUAUACUGUGAAUCAAAACUAACUGCAAAAGCAGUUUUGUAAGUCAUUAUUUUUUAAAGCACAGCAACAGGUGUUUCUUCAAGGCUACCUGAUAGAGAAAAGUUACAGACUUAAAUAUUGGAUUUUUUACCUGAGCAAGAUAAAGAGUCACAGUUGGUCUGGGAGAAAAAAUCUGGUAAGAUAAUACAUGUAAUUUCACACUGAGUAUAUAGUGCUGUUUGGGUCUUGUGUCAAUGUUCUGUUCUAAACACAGCCAACACAUUCAUUUUAAGAAAUUGUGAACUGCAUUACUAAGAAACCACAACUGUACUUAUUUUCUGCCUUUGCUUUUAGGGCCUUAUUGAUCAUGCUUUGCCAUUUCAAAUGUAUGCAUUUUCAUUCAAUAAAAUUGUUUUAAUA